AUGGCAGCCUGCGGCGAGCAGCCGGAGGAGCAAGAGGAGCCGGAGGAGGAGGAGGAUGAAGCAGAGGAGGAUGCGCAGAGUGACUUGGAGUCUAGAAUUGGCGAUGAUGACCGCGACUUCGACGAUGGAGACGACACUGCUCAGAAAUCUCUCUCAGGCUUGAUGGUGGCAUCCGGAACGAAGUUGCGGUGCAACUGGGUUGACCCAUCGAAAGAGGAACAGUUGUUACACUCUUGGAAGAGGGUCAAAAUCGAUCCAGUCGAAUCGGAGGACAGCGAGAAGGCCGCUUUGGCUCAGUUGCUUCUUGCUUCAAAAGCCUGCGAGCGAUUGCAGCUCAGAGGCGCCCAACAUCCCCACCAGGCCGUUAGAGAGAGGCCCGAAGUUCCUCAGCCUCAGCGUCAGGUCGGAAUCUUAAGGGCAGUCUCGGAAUCUCUGAUGAACCGAUUAGUAGUGCUGCGUGUCGAUAACUUCCCCGGCUCCGGGGAUCCAGUCUUCGGCACCAAGCACGAGCUUCGUCGGAGCUUCCGGGCUCCGGACCUCUUCGGAAAGCUGGCGGAGGCUUUCCAGGCCGCCACGGGCACCAUAGGCACCCGGACCCCAAGCCUCAAGAAGGUGACGCUACAAGGUGGCUUUCAUUCAGCCUCAUCACUUUGCCGCUUCUUGCAGGUGGUGAGGCCAGAGCUCGAAUCCUUCCGCUGCCGGGAAUGCCUCUUUCACGGCCGCAACUUCGAGACGCUGGUGAGGGCCUUGAGCGGCAGCAGCCAGAAAACCCUCGUAGAGUUUGAGACGGACGCAGCCAUCGGCGGUCAGGAUCCCUUCGGACUUCUGGCCGACUCUUUCCCACACCUCAAGAUGCUGCGAGUCAAGUACAUGUUCGGGAAGACCGGGCCCCUGGAAGCCUUGAAGCGUCUGACGCAGCUUCGCAAGAAGCAGUGUGUUCUGCCAAGGGAGAGCCACCGACUUAAUGGGCGUCCGGCGGUGGAUGAAGAGACAGGCAUCGUCUACUGGUGCAUCACUUCCGAGCACCAUGACGACGGCUACCGGGGACAGGGCCUUUGCUGGGACCAGCUUGAGAACACGAUGGAGUGCAUGGAGGAGUGGGCCGUCGGCAAGGGAGUAACCAAGGAGCAGUGCCUCGCGUUCAUGGAAGACUGUGGCAUCGGGCUGAACGACGAACUCGACGACGAGGAAUGUGGCUUUGAUGUCGGGGGUUGUGCCGUCGACUCAGAGACUGAUGAGGACACCAUCGUUGUGCAGUUGGAAAUUGUGGACUCUCUGGGUUCCGAGGCUUUGGCGAUCAAGGCGCGAACGAUGGAUGGUCGUGAGUUUGCACAAAUGACGUUGGAUGCAAAGAAGACAUCGGUGCGUACACUCAUCGAUGACUUGGCCUCAAAGUAUCCCUGCUCACCUCUCUCCCUGCGCCUGGUGCUGCCUGGUGGUGGCUGCAUCGAUGUUCUCGAAACAGCCAACCAAGUCCUGGCGGCGGUCUUGGUAUGA